UCUCUAAUCCUCUUCAUUAUCUCUUCUCCACAUCAUCGUCUUCUCGAUUCGUCUAUACUAAACACAUACUUUUUCUUCAUCCUCUCUCGUCUCUCUCCUCUGAUCACCCUCGCGAGUCUGCUCAACCAAUGGCUUCCAUGAACUCUGCUGUUCUUGCUUCUACUUACGCCAUUUCUGGUGCGGCUUCUUCUGAAUUCAACUCCAAGCACACUUCCAUGGCCGUUUCUGCUCCCAAAUUGCCGGUGAUCAAGGCCCAGCAAACCUCGCCGGCUCCGCAAGGAAGAAGAGCCGCUAUUUCUCUGUUAGCAGCCACCGUUUUCGCCGCCGCCGCUUCUUCUGCUGCAAAUGCCGGCGUCAUCGAACAAUACCUCGAGAAAAGCAAGGCCAACAAGGAAUUGAAUGACAAGAAGAGAUUGGCAACGAGUGGAGCGAAUUUUGCUAGGGCUUACACGGUGGAAUUUGGGACCUGCAAGUUCCCUGAGAACUUCACUGGCUGCCAAGAUCUCGCCAAGCAAAAGAAAGUGCCAUUCAUUAGCGAUGAUUUGGAGCUGGAAUGCGAGGGAAAGGACAAAUACAAGUGUGGAUCCAAUGUGUUCUGGAAAUGGUGAACACAAGAUAUUCAUGUAAAACAGAUCACUUAGCUAUUGCUGUUUCAGUACUGUGCCUGAUUUCUCCUUCAUAUUGAAACCUUCUUUCCUCA